AUGACGAAUUUUUCUCAAGCCGAAUUUGAAUCGCUCUGGUUCGCCAUCAAACCAAGCGUUCUUCACAUGCUCUUUAUGCUGCUCACUGUCGUGAAGACUGGAGGGACUUGGGAGUUCCUGGCUGCCCUGUUUGGACUUCAAGCUUCAUCAUUUGAAAAAAUGGUCACGAAGUUUUUGCUGAAAAUUCACGACUAA